AUGCAAUACCUUUCGCUCUUCGUUACGCUCGCGAUCGCUUUGGCUGCUUCGGCUGUGCCCCAGAACCAAAUCAACGGUUUCCGAGGAGGACAGGGUGGCUUUGGCCAGAACAGGGGCAACCAACAGCAGAAUGUUAACCAGGGCCAGAACAACAACAAUGGCGGAAACAAUAACAACAACAACGCUGGGAACAACGCUGGUAAUGCCGGGAACAACGCUGGUAACGCCGGUGCCGGUGCCGGAAACAACGCUGGAGCCGGUGCUGGUGGUGCAGCAGGUGGCGAUCCCCAAACCUCGUUGACGCUGGACCCCAAGGUUAUUGCUGGUGGAUUUGCUAACGACGGACAGGAUGUUCCCGCUGAUGGCCAAGUUGCUUCGUUGACCUCCACGAAUAACUUCAUCAACUUCUGUCUUACUGUUCCCAACCUCCCCAUCACCGACGGUAAACAGGUCCAGGGAGGCUCUUGCAAUCCCGCACCUAUGGGUGUUCUCCCCUCGACUGACAACAUGCCCUCGUCGAAGUUCGUCAACCCCAAGAACGGCGAUACCAUCCAGGCCGACAAAGCAUUCACCAUCCAAAUGGCUAUCCGUGGAAUGCAGACCGGUUUCUUCGUCAACGCAAACAACAACUACUUCUCCGCGCCCCAACAGCUUAAUGGUGGGGGCCAGAUCCAAGGCCACUCGCACGUCGUUGUUGAGCAGCUCCAAGCCCUCGACCAAACCACUCCCACCAACCCCAAGGUCUUCGCCUUUUUCAAGGGUCUCAACGCUGCCGCUCAGAAUGGUAUCCUUACUGCUGAUGUCACGGAGGGUCUCCCAGCCGGCGUUUACAAGGUUUCCUCAAUCAACUCCGCCGCUAACCAUCAGCCUGUCCUCGUCCCGAUUGCUCAACACGGUUCUCUCGAUGACGCUGUCUACUUCACUGUGACGGCUGACGGUCAAGCGGCCGCUGGCGCCGGUGCUGCUGCUGGAGGUGCCGCUGCAGGCAACGCCGCCGCUGGAGGUGCUGCUGCUGGAGGUGCUGCCGCAGGCAACGCCGCUGCUGGAGGUGCCGCCGCCGGAGGGGCUGCUGGUGGAAACGCAGGUGCUGCCGGUAACGCUGGUGCCGCAGGACAGACCGGUCGUAACGGCCAGAACGGACAAGCAGGUCGCAACGGACAGGCUGGUCAAAACGGACAGGCUGGCCGCAACGGACAAGCAGGUCAGAACGGACAAGCUGGGCAGGCUGCUCAAGGCCAGAACCGUGGCCAACAACAACAGAACAACAACAACCGUAACGGAGGCAGGGGCCGCCGCAUGCUCUUCACCCGCAGGCAGCUGUAA